UGUUAGGUUAGGUUUAUGUGCCGAAGAAAGUAAUUAUUAUGCUCUUAUCAUAAAUUAAUUUUGUAUUAAGUUCAAUUAAGUUAUACACCUUAAGAUAAUUUCACAAAGAUGAGGUUGAGUGUGGAUGGUUUAAUUGUUUAUUUUCCAUAUGAAUACAUAUAUCCAGAGCAGUAUUCAUACAUGUGCGAAUUAAAAAGGGCUCUAGAUGCUAAAGGACACUGCUUAUUGGAAAUGCCCUCAGGGACUGGUAAAACUACAACAUUGCUUUCUUUAGUUGUAGCUUACAUGUUGGAACAUCCUCAUGAUGUUAGAAAGCUUAUUUACUGUUCUCGUACUGUGCCAGAAAUAGAAAAAGUUAUUGAAGAAUUGAAAAAGCUUUUUGAAUACUAUGAAAAACUAGACUCUAUUUAUCCAAGGCUGAUUGGCCUUGUGUUGAGUUCAAGAAAGAAUAUGUGUGUGCAUCCACAGGUGAGUAAGGAAAGAGAAGGAAAAAUUGUAGAUAGCAAGUGUCAUGCACUAACAGCAAGUUAUGUUCGUGAAAGACACAACUAUGAUGAGACUACCCCGAUUUGUCAGUAUUAUGAGGGUUUUGAUAUGGAUGGAAAAGAAAAUAAUAUUCCCUAUGGAGUAUACAGCAUUGAUGAUCUUAAGCAGUAUGGCAAGGACAGAAAUUGGUGCCCUUAUUUUUUAGCAAGAUUUGCUAUAAUUCAUGCUAAUAUUGUUGUAUACAGUUACCACUAUUUACUCGAUCCAAAAAUUGCUGAUGUUGUUUCCAAAGAACUUUGUAAAGAAGCAGUUGUGAUUUUUGAUGAAGCUCACAAUAUUGACAAUGUUUGUAUAGAUUCUAUGAGUGUAAAAAUUAAUCGACGAAUAAUAGAAGGUUCCACUGCAAACCUUGGACUUUUAGAAAAAACUGUUGCUGAGAUGCGGGAAGAUGAUGUUAAAAGGUUACAAGAAGAGUAUCAAAGACUUGUAGAUGGCUUGAGAGAUGCCAGUGUAGCACGAGAAACUGAUGUGAUAUUAGCUAAUCCGAUUUUACCCGAUGAAAUACUAAGUGACGUUGUUCCUGGUAACAUUCGAAACGCGGAACAUUUCUUAAGUUUUCUCAGGCGAUUCGUUGAGUAUUUAAAGACUCGUCUUCGAGUGCAACACGUUGUCCAAGAAUCACCAGCUGCAUUUUUGAAAGACGUUCAACUUAAAGUCUGUAUAGAACGUAAACCGUUGAGAUUUUGUGCUGAACGUUUAGCAUCCCUUUUGAAAACGUUGGAAAUUUCAGACUUGACAAAUUUCGGUCCUUUAGUGCUCGUUACUCACUUAGCAACCCUUGUUUCAACUUACACAAAGGGUUUUACCAUAAUCGUAGAACCAUUCGAAGAUAAAGCGCCCACAGUUUCGAACCCCAUACUUCAUUUUUCCUGCUUGGAUUCCUCCAUUGCCAUAAAACCCGUGUUUGAUCGGUUUCAAACAGUUGUAAUAACUUCGGGAACGCUGUCACCAAUGGAUAUGUACCCGAAAAUUUUGAAUUUCCAUCCAGUUAUUAUGUCUUCCUUUACAAUGACAUUAGCUCGGCCAUGUUUACUACCAAUGAUCGUUUCAAAAGGUAAUGAUCAGGUGGCAAUUUCUUCAAAAUUUGAGACUAGAGAAGAUAUUGCUGUGAUAAGAAAUUACGGACAACUUCUUGUUGAGGUAGCUGCCAAUGUGCCUGAUGGUAUUGUAUGCUUUUUCACAUCGUAUUUAUAUUUGGAAGCAGUCGUGGCCAGUUGGUAUGAUCAAGGGGUGAUAGAUAGCCUGCAAAGGUACAAACUGCUUUUCAUAGAAACACAAGAUUCUGCUGAGACAAGUUUUGCAUUAAUGUACUACAUAAAGGCAUGUGAAUCUGGACGAGGGGCGGUGUUGUUGUCAGUAGCAAGAGGUAAAGUGUCAGAAGGAGUUGAUUUUGAUCACCAUCUCGGUAGAGCGGUACUUAUGUUUGGUAUUCCGUAUGUGUAUACUCAAUCAAGGAGGCUAAAGGCUCGACUGGAUUACUUAAGAGACCAAUUUCAGAUUCGUGAAAAUGAUUUCUUAACUUUUGAUGCAAUGAGACAUGCAGCGCAAUGUGUCGGACGAGCCAUUAGGGGAAAAACUGAUUAUGGUAUAAUGAUAUUUGCGGAUAAACGUUUUGCAAGAGCAGAUAAAAGAUCCAAGCUCCCUAAAUGGAUACAGGAACAUUUAAAAGAUUCUUUAUGUAAUUUAUCAACAGAAGAAGCAAUUCAGAUAUUAAAGCGAUGGUUAAGACAAAUGGCACAACCGUUUACAAGGGAAGAUCAGUUGGGUGUUUCGUUGCUAACGUUGGAGCAACUAGAGAAAUUAGAAUCGAGCAAGUCUGUAAAACAAUCAUAAUAAUUUUUCAUACAUUUUUGAUACACAACCUACUGUUAGAUCCUUAUUAAUAAUAAAGUUUAGAAAUAAAAACCUUUUCAUUCAAUUAAAAUUUUGGAAAUAUUAGUGAUAUGUAUUUCACUUGACUAAAGUUGCAGAAGCUGAAAUAAUAUAAAGAA